CUCUUUUUCUGCGGUAUACGUAUCACCUACCUCUUCCUUCCCUCUUCUUUCCUGCCCCUGCCAAAGGAAACCACCACCGUUCAACACUAAUAACCCAUCGCUCUUGCAUACUCAGCUUGUGCCUGCUGCUCCUGCCUCGCCCUGCCUCGCCCUUACCCCUUCGCUUUCCUUCCUCUCUCGACGGCUACGACUUGUCGGGUGUUGGUUCCUUCUUUCUUUGUGCCUUCCACAGCCCUCCCCCUUUAUUCGUUCCUGCAACGGGAAGUCGUGCGGUUCGCCUCCAGCUGGCAGCCUCCCUAAGGCUCUCGUAAGGCACCUCCCACAUAUCGACAACAGUACCGCCCUCUCGCCAGACUUCCCUCGCUUCUCCCCCCCUUCGCGGCCAAACAUACCCAUUCUCGGGCUGAAUUCGAUUCGACUCCAUUCCCCCACCGGCCAUCAUCUUCUUUACCAGGCCUGGGAGCCUUUCGUCUUUCACUUUGACCAACUUGUCGUCCGUUUUCUCCCGCCAACUCCCUCUUGAGCUUCGUUUCAAUCCGACGUCACAUUUAAUGUUCCAAACCCAUACCCCCCGCAUUCUCUAAGCAUCCAAACACGACUAGCAACAGCGACAACAUCAUCGACCCGAUCCAAGCAGAACACGUUCUUUACCGAUAGGAACCAUCCAGUCAGUACAUACACCGUCACCUCGAUCAAGGCAACGCGACACACACCCUGCGCUCCGACCAUUGCCAUCUUCGGAGUCGAGAAGGGAGAAAAGAACCGGUCCCAACGGAACACCUCCGACACGCCAACCCAUCCUAGCCACCCCUCGCCCGUACCGAGACAAAGUUGCUCACGUCGCAACCUCGUUGGAUCCUUCGUCCGACUUGACCUGGCCAAAGCGACCAAGAAGUUGGGUCAACCCGCGUCCGUGUUGCAACGCACCGAGCCCGUGUCACACAGGCCAGACAGACAGAUACCAGGCCCACUGAUCCAUUGUGCGCCACAAGCUGUCAAACGCGAUACUCUGGAUCCUUCUCGCCCUGUCGCUAUUCCAUAAGUCUGGGGUACCGAUCAGCGAUAUACUAAUAGGCCAAAUUCCCCCAAACGAAACAGAGCGGUGUCGCUUGCCUGCAAUCAGUAUAACAAUCAGUUGGCAGGGGAAAAGAAAGCAACGCAAGGAGGAAAAGACAAAAAGGAACCCCCCAAGACAGAAAAAGCGCAACUCGUAGCUGCUUGUGCACCACAAACCAGACAGUCGCGCAUUGUCGAUUAUUGGCGAGGUUUCUCGAUAUCUCCAAUUCGCCCCCUUUUUUUCCUUUUCCUCCCACCGACCAUCGGUACCACUACUCCACGACCCACGUUCACCCAAGUCGACAGCUCCCGACCGCCAUCUCUACCGUUGAUUGCUUGCGCCGCACACAACGCACAGUGGCCUGCCGAAGAACCGUCCCCUGUCGUGUUCAGCGUCCCUGCAGCGAGGCAUGACGCUAGGAGCGUGCAUCUAGCAACCAAAGAAGAAUCCAGCUCGGCAGCAACGCUCUCUCAUCGGUCCCUCAUCCGCCGGUCGGCCAGGUCCCUCCCCUUUUUUUUGCGGAAGAAAAGGCCGAUCCCUCGACUUUGGAUACGACGCGCCUGUCCAUCCUCAUUAUCCAUAAUCUCAUCCCUCCUGCCACGGUAACCCGGGUACACCACUCCAUCCUACUCUUGGUCACAAACCACAGCCAAAAUGUCAAAGGCACAAUCAACACAGCCAGGCCAUCAACCUAGCAGGUCUGCUGGUGCUGACUUGACGCUUAAUCUCUCUUCCAACAACCCCUUUCGCAACCGCGCUGCCUCCCCACUCCUCUCCGGCGCUACCUACAGCAAUACCACCUCGCCCGCUUCGCCUUUUGACGACCCUCCUCCUCGACCUGUCUCUCGCAACCCGUUCCUUGAUCCAUCAUUUUCGUCUAGUCAACCAAAUCUGAUCGGAGUAGGCAAUAUGGCACCAUCGUUCGACACCAAGGCAUCGCCUACCGCCGAGGAACUGUUCGACGGUCUGACCAUCAACGAUCAGAAGCAAUCGCGCCCCGAUGGAGGACGACCCUCUACAAACCGCCCGCCCGGCCAGCCUGGACGCGAAAAUAUACCUCCUAACCGUCGCGGCCCUCCGCCACCGGGGCACCGCCCGUCAAGAUCCCAGGAGGAGGCGAUGAGACAGCGCCGCAUGCAAGGCGGCAGCAAUGGCGGACCUCCCCGACCGGCCGGAGCGCCGGCAUCGCCCCAGCGCCGACCCCAGGAACGCCGUCCGCGUAGGAACUCGGACUCGUCGGUCCUCAUUGACAUUGAGAAGCCUCUCACCGAGGAAGAGAAGAAGGCCAAGGAUGCCAGACGUCGUGAAAGAGAGCGCCGCGCCCGGGAAGGAAAGGAUAAGGACCCCAAGAAGCCCAGCCGCAGGCUCGACAUCAUUGAUCAAUUGGAUGCCACCAGCAUCUACGGUACAGGAUUGUUCCACCACGAUGGCCCAUUUGAUGCCGCGAACCCGCAUCGUAAUCGCAAGGGCAGCCGGCGCGCACCGAUGCAUGCCUUUGCUAAGGACUCAUUGAACAUGUCAUUGGGCGGCUCCGGUCCUCUCAACAAGCGGCCCGAUCACGCCACAUUCCUGGGUAACAACGAUGGCGACGCAUCCGCGGACUUUGCCACCGCUGCUGCAAGGAACGCGGAGCGAAAAGCCGACCCGGCCGUGUUUGACCCCAGAGCUCGCGGUUCCAUCAUCUACGGCGAAGAGUCGAUGGGCCUCGGCGCCUCAACAUUCCUCGAGGGCACCCCUGCCGCUCGUGCGGCAAUUCAACGCACUCAGGCCGAGCAAGCCCAACAGGCCGCCUCAGAGGGUCUCGGAAGGAGCAAGUCAAUUGCUCAACGUAUCCGCGGCAUCAAAAGAGAACCGCGCGAGUAUGGUCCCUCGGGCCGCAUCACCAACCCCGAGGGUGCCUACACAUCGCGUAGAUCUCCCGACGGUAACGGUCCUUCCUCGAGCAUCUCAUACACGGGCGAGCGAAACCCUUUCUUCUCAGAGUAUGGGAAGGAGCCGGAGACCAUUUCAGUCAGACGCAACGGCGCCAGAUCGCCCGGCUCGCCGCCGCCCGUCCCUCGACGGGGCUCCGCUAAUGGCUUGGAGCGCCGUGCUACGGCGGAUGCCACUUCGCCGACCGAUGACGGGCCUAGCAAGCCUUCUGGAGGCUUCCUGGCCAGAGUCAAAAGUCUGAAGGGUGGCCGAAGACGCCAGGCCUCAGAUGCAAUGGCACCACCCCCAGCGCCUGGAACUGCCGCCUAGUGGAGACGCAGGACUUAGGAAGCUGGACAUGAGCUCAUGGAGUCUAGUCGUGAGCCACCCGGAGGAGGCAGAUGCCAGCAACGGAUCUCCAAGAAACAGGCCUUCUUUCUUUGAAAGGCCUUUGCGACAGGGCAUCCGGCUGCAGCACAGAGUAACAAGUCGCUCUGGCUUUCCCGAAUAAAGUGAACCUAUAUACGACCAGGCUACGCUGCAAGCGUCAGGUCUACACUUCGUAUAGCAAUGCAUUAGGCAGCCUGGCCGCUAUUGCUUUCUGGAUCGCCCAGGGAAAAUCAUAAAGAAAAGGGUUGGAAGUUUGAAUUGCGUUGGGGUGGCUCUUGGAGAAGUCAUCAGGACAAAGACUACUAUGAUGGCCAGGACAGGGCAGCCGCAUGUGAGCGUCUGGUUUGUUAUCACUGCCUAACAAAGUGAUACCUUUCCUGUGAAUAAUGUUAUUUCGUUUAAGGGGGAACAAGCCUCCUAUUGUGCCUUUUUAUUCUUGCUACCCAUAGGCCGGCAGAAGCACGCCGCACCACACAGAAGGGGGAAACAUAGAGCAAGCAACAACAGUCCGUCGGCAGAUUGUUAGGAGACAGUUUUAGUGAGAAUACAAAGUAAGACCAAUGUCCUGAACCAGUUGAUUGCUGAAUCUCAGUGAUGUACGCAUUCAUGGUAAUUAUGGAACAAGACAUCAGCUUAAUGACAUGGUAGAAACCAGGUUUGGUGAUCU